AUGUAUCCAAAUGUUUUCAUUGCUUUCUUAUUUCUUAGUUUUAUUAUUACUUCUACAUAAUUUAACAAAUUUGGAAAAAAAAAAGUAGUUACAAAUUGAAGAAGUAAACGGAAUUUUGAAAAAUCCUCAGUAAUUUCCAUACAUGCUAUCGUUGCCUGUAUAUAUUUUGCUAAUUCACUUAAAAGAUAUCAGUAUUGUAGCCCGUUAAACCAGAAUAGUUAGUCGUGCAUUAUCAAAAUCUACACAGCAACCACGGCGUCGUUGGAAAAUAGGCAUAUCGCUAACCCAUUCGUUGAAAAUAUAUUGACGCGGCCGCAAAGUAACCAGCGCGACUUAACAGAUGCCCGCCAGAUUGCUUCUUGUAGUCUUAAAUCUAUAUUAACUGAUCGAAAUCUUUAUAAAAAACUGGAUGAAGAAGAAGUGAAUAAAUUGUCUAAAAAAGGAACGAACAAUCUCUUUGACCAAGUACGCUGUAAUAUCGCUACUAAAAACUGCGAAUCAGUAUUGAAAAGUGUCACAUUUGGAAAUCAAGUUUACCCAGAUAGAACCAGAAGCAUACCAAGAAUCAUCCGGUCACCGAAUGUUUAUACCCCGUCAGACCAAGUAAUCUCAUGUAGAGAAAAUCUUGAAAGUGAACCAAAAUUUGUGAAGUAUCCCAAUUUAAAUCAAAACCACAUUUUUGACGAAAUCCCACCUUAUGCAAGCAGAAUUAAUAAAGAGUGCGCGGAGAAGCCAUCACCUGUUAAAGUUUUUAAAUUAACUGCUAACGAUGAGAAUACAGAUCCUGACGAUUACGAUUGCAGCAAUACAACAGGUUUAAGAAAAAAUUCAUCGAUAAGUAUUAAAUCGCAUCGGUCGACACACGGACAGAUUAAUUUGAAAUUAGAUAACGAAAUUAUAGAAAAUAAUUCUCGAUCUGUACCAACAAAUAAUUUUUUGUGCGACCGAUUAGUAGGAGGUAAAAACGGUCCGUUUGAAUAUAAUAAGGAGGAUGAGUCCAAUUUACCGCGUUUCUUACCAGCAGCAUCGUCGCAUUCCUUAUUGAGAACAGCACAAUCGGAUAUAAAUGAAUAUUCUUAUCCCCUUAUCUCGGGUAGACUUAACUUAUUACGUCAUACCAACGAACGUACGUCUUCUAAUUCAUUUGUUGAUGAAGAAAUAAGCGAAUAUGAAUUGCCUUCCUCGCGUUACAGAGCAACAAUAAGUAAUUAUGAAAAUGAUUACGGAGAAAAUUACGAAAGAAUACCAGAUGCUUUUAGCUAUGAUAGUAGUGUCAAUACCAAUCUCCGAUCGCAAGAUAUUGCGUCAAGUUCCUAUAUAAGCAAACCAGGUAAUAAACUUUAUUUGAUAACACCAUCAACAGGAAGAAGUCCAUCAAAGCAAAGAAAGAAACCAGAAUAUAAACCGAGAGAAUUAGUUUUAAGGAAAGAUUUAAUUUACAGUAAAAGAAAAUCUCAAGGGAACUACUCUUAUCAAACGAACAAUAUGUCGAGCGAUAACAAUGAGGAAGAGGAAUGCUCUGUACGAGUGGCUAUUCGAAUACGACCUCAAAAUUCCCGUGAAAUAAUUGAUAUGUGCCGGAUUUGCACAUCGGUUACACCCAGCGAACCGCAAAUCAAUCUUGGAGUGGAUAAAGCAUUUACAUUCGAUUAUGUAUUUGAUACAGAUACAGCACAGCCUGACAUCUAUCAACAUUGUGUUGAACAAUUAGUAGAAGGAGCUUUACGUGGAUAUAAUGCCACUGUUCUGGCUUAUGGGCAAACAGGAUCUGGGAAAACGUAUACAAUGGGUACAGGAUUCGAUUAUCAUCUAACUGAAGAGGAACAAGGAAUUAUACCAAGAGCACUUUUCCAUAUAUUUUCGCGCAUAGAAGAAGUGCAAUUACAAGCAAUUGAUGAUGUUAGCGAUACUGAAACCGUGCAAUUCAAUAUUGCCGUACAAUUUAUUGAACUAUAUAAUGAGAAUAUAGUUGAUCUUCUUGAACCUUAUUCCAAGGGGCGCAUUCAUAAAAUUCAGGAGAAUGAAUUAGGACUUAUUACUGUCUCAGGAGCAAGUAUCAAACCCAUCCAAAGCCCUCAGGAAGCAUUAAGGUAUUUGCAACAAGGUGCCCUGGCUAGGACGACCGCUUCAACGCAAAUGAAUAUCCAGUCCUCGCGAUCUCAUGCGGUGUUCACUCUGUUAAUACGCCGCCUGUCGCAAAAUGAAUACGAUGUAGAUGAAUAUGUAACAUUAACGUCUAAAUUUCAUUUUGUUGAUUUGGCUGGUUCUGAACGACUUAAACGAACUGGCGCUACUGGAGACCGAGCUAAGGAGGGAAUAUCAAUAAAUUCCGGUUUGCUGGCGUUGGGCAAUUGCAUAUCUGCCUUAGGCGACAAGUCAAGGCGAGCAACCCAUGUUCCCUAUAGAGAUUCAAAACUGACACGUCUGCUUCAAGAUUCUCUUGGAGGCAAUAGUCAAACAUUAAUGAUUGCAUGCAUAUCGCCUAGCGACAGAGAUUUCAUGGAAACGCUAAACACACUAAAAUAUGCCAAUCGUGCCAAAAACAUAAAAAAUAAGGUUCAACUCAAUCAGGAUCAGAGCUCCCGUACAAUCGCUCAAUUGCGUAAAGAAAUCGCAAGACUUCAACUUGAAUUAAUGGAACUUAAACAAGGCAAACGUGAAGUUAAUAUGGAAGGAAAAUCGUUUAUGACCGAUACUUUUCAUGAAAAUGAAAUGUUGCUACUGGAUAAUAAACGUCUCCAACAACGUCUCAAGUCAAUGAAUGAAGCUAUCAAUGCGCUUACCGAAAGGAAUACCCAAUUAAGGCUUGAAAAAGAAAUGAAUAAUUGGCCAUCGUUAGUAGAAACAGACCAAUCUGUAAAAAAUUUGAUUCAAGGAUAUAUAAGUGAAAUUGAAAAAUUGCAGGCUAAGUUAAUUGAAUCAGAAGAAAUGUACCAGCAACUCAGAAAGAAUGACAAGGGUUUAGAGGCAAUGCGCAACGCUAAAUUUCAUUGCACAUAUCAAGAUCCUGAGGAUCUUAUUAAAGAAGCUAAGCGGGAAUUGGAAAAGGAAAAAAACAUAGAGAGUGCGCGUUCUUCAAACAAGGAGUCCAUCGAUUCGGAUGAAAGUGAGCAGGAAUCCCAACAAAAAUCUAACGAUGUGGAGGAAGAUCUCGAGGAUGUAAAUAAUGAUAUUGAGAUAAAAACUAAGCUAAUCCAGCAAUUGGAACUUUCACAACAGCGAAUGCAAUUGAUGCGACAACAAUAUGAAGAUAAAUUAAUGCUUCUAAGUUCUCAAGUGAUUAACACGCAAAAAGAGCGAGAUGAAGUAUUAUCGUUUAUUGGAUCAAAUGGGGACAAUCAAAACUCAGAUAAAAUGAAAAAAGUGAAAGCUGAGUACGAACAAAAAAUAAACAAUAUGCAAAGGGAAAUUAAAAAACUUCAUCAGGCUCAACGAGAACACAACCGUCAACGGCAAGAAAUCAUUUCUCAAGAAACAAAAUUGAAAAAUCUACGCUCUCAGUUAGAGGAAUUAAAAUGUAAUAAGGCUCGUCUAAUUAGGAAACUUGGUGAGCAAGCGAGCAAAUUCAGAAUGGAAGAAACGCAAAAGAUUCGUGAAAUUGCGCAACUAAGAAAGGAACAGCGAAAGCAAGAGAAUACGGUACGAUCCUUACAAGCGAGAAUGCAAGCAAAAGAGCAAGUUUUAAAAAGAAAAACCGAAGAGGUCACCUCUUUACGACGUAGCCAAAGGUCGAUUAGAAGAAAUUUUCGUUCCAGAAUUGACAAUUCACAGAAUUUUGAUACACGUUUAGCACGAAAGCAAUGGUAUAAUAUGUCACAU